ACAGACGUGUUACUAGAGGAAGUUUAUCGCUUGACAGCUUCAUGUGCGUUUCCGCUUGGAUUCAACUCGUUACGGCGUGAAAAGUUACUCAUGAAUUUAAAAGAGAAUGUCAUCCGACUUAAUAUUAGACUUCAGAAAUUGUCGACCAGAUCCUGUGAUGGAUAGUGAAGCCGGCACCGGCUGUAAGGACCAGGGAGGAGAGUGGGACAUAAGCCUGUUUGAUGAGCUGGAUAACCUGGGAGAUGCAGAUGAGCUGCUGGAUGCCCUCGAGAGUGCUGGCUACAGUAUUGAAGGUCCAGAUCUGGAUUUUGACCUCAACAUUCCUCCUUGGAAUGAAAUCGACACAAGCAGCACAUGCACAGAUGGUGAGGUGAGCGUGGACUCUCUGUCACCUGCCCACUCUCUGAGCUCCGUCCCCUCUCCUGUCUCUGUGGAAACCUCGUCUCCUUACUCCAUACAGGAUGAGGCUCUCUCUCCAUUGUCAGUUUGGCCAGACACCACUGGCUUUCCUGAAAUCUCUCCCCCACCUAAGAAAGCCACAAAGAGGACCACACAGGCACCAGCUAAACCAGCUCAGCCAGUCAAGAGGCCAAUCCGGACUGGUCCCAAGAUCUCCAUCCAGCCUAAACCAAUGAUCACAGCUGUGCCCUUGGCUCCAGCAGCAGCCACCUUACAGGCCAAGACGAUCAUCAUUCAGCCUCUGCAGACCACCGUUCUGCCUGUGGUGAAACCAGCUCCGGUCAGCAUUCAACCAGCGCCCCCUCCAGGUCGUUCCAUCGUGCUGUCCCAGCCAAGCCAGUUACUGCACAUCCAGACACCACAGGCCAUCUCUGGCAGCGUGGUUACCAUGCCAACGCUCAGCCAAGAGAAGCCUGUCCCCGUAGCUGCACCGCCACUGGUUUCUGUCACACUUCGGAGCCCUUCCUCAGAUGAUGACUCUAAGUUGUCCCAGAGGCAGCAGCGCAUGAUAAAGAACCGAGAGUCGGCAUCAAUGUCUCGGAAGAAGAAGAAAGAGUAUCUGCUGACGCUGGAAGCUCGUCUGAAACUGGCACUGUCUGAGAACGAGGCGCUGAAGUGUGAGAACGGCAACCUCAAGAGGCAGUUGGAGGGCGUGUUGAGCGAGAACACAGUCUUGAAGGGAACGGCACCCAAGAGGAGAGCCGUGUGCCUCAUGGUGAUCCUGGUGUUCGUUAUGGUCAACGUUGGGCCGAUGAGUCUGUUUCAAGGUGGCCCCGGCUCCAGCGUUGAGGUUUCUCCCAUUCACCCCAGCGGCAGACACCUGUUGGGUUUCUCGCCGGAGGCAGAAGCUGAAGCGGGAACGGGUCCCCCACCCAGCAGCAGCAGCUCCUCUGAGACAGCAGACAGCUCUGAGGAUAAAGCCCUGAUGGUGGUGAAGAGUCACACCUUCCUCAGACCACCUCCCCCCUGCCAGCCUCCGAUUAACAGGACCAAAUGCGUUGAGCUGGCUCACGAGCUGAGGGGCUGGGUUCACCGUCACGAAGAGCAGCAGAUCAAGUCCAGGCACAUUAGCAACAACACCCACAAACCCACCAGGACCAUUCUGAAAACGGAGAAUAAAGAUGCGAGUGCUCAGAUUGCCACGGUGCAAUACACAGAAACUACUGAGGAAAAGAAUCCUGGCAGCGAGCUGCAGGUAUAUUAUGCACCUCAACACAUCUACAGCGACUUCUUUGAUGAGCUCAAUCGUCGCGGUGACACUUUCUACAUCGUGUCCUUCCGCAGGGAUCAUCUCCUCCUUCCUGCCACCAACCACAACAAAGGAAGUCGACCUAAGAUGUCUGUGGUGUUGCCUGCUAUGAACAUAAAUGACAGCAUCCUAGGGGACAAAGAGUUUCAAGUGAUGAUGCAGAUCGACUGUGAAGUGACAGACACCAGGAUUCUCCACAUCAGGUCCUCGAGUAUCCCACCUCUGCUGCGAGUCAACCACACAGAUACAUUUUACCAGCAUUCCUCGACUGACAACAACGCGCCUCCGGUCGGUGUGCUGAUGGGAUCUGCGUGACAUCACUGUCAGCAACGGCCUUUUGUUUUUUUUUGGGGUAACUCGUCAACAAAACCUAUUAAUCCAAAUGGAAGACCUUUAGUUGAAACAUUUUUUUUAUUGAUUGAUGAACAAAUAUUGAAAAUGUGGUGUACUGCCAUUGCUUUUAUAUGUCUGUGAUUUGAAUGUGGUCAGUACAACUGCGGCCAUUAGAUUGGAAAAGGAGCCCAAACUGUCAGCAGCCACAUUCUUGAAGCCAAGGAAGUCUGUAAUGGGGUCCGAGCAGCGGCUGGCUCCUUGUGUGGCAACACCGACUUCUCCCUGCAACGCCAGACUCCUCGCACAAGGAUAAUUGUUAAACAGCAGGGGGCAGAGCAUUGAACCCUGAGUCACCCCAUCACAACACAAAUACUUUAACUCUUACAGCUCUCCUCAAGUCCACUUUUUCUUUUUUCUUUUCUUUUUACCCACUUUACAUUAAAGACACAAACAAGCUUUCAAACUGUUAUGAAGCACAAGUUUCUGUUUUCAUAUAUCUACUGCAAAGUCGAGUGCUGUAAUAUUAUCUCUGUCCAAAUGAGGAUUUUAUUUGUGUAACUGUAAGACGUACUUAACUAAUUACGCGCAGCAAACAAAGCCGUUGAUAAACUCAGGAAGUCGGGUAAUCUGUGAAAGGCAGCGAGCCGACCGCUACGACGCGGGCUGGUUUUUGAAAGAUUCCAUGUGCUCUGUUUGCAACACCUUAUUGAUGAAGAAUUUUAGUACCUAAUUUCAGGGUCUUUGCACUGUGUUUCACAUAUAUUCACAAUCGUAUUUUAAAUACGUAUUUAUUUCUGUUAUUAUGCAACAGUACACUUAUGACGUUUAAUGGUUUCAACUCAGCUUUGUUUGUUUUUUCUUGAAUUUUACUUAUUUCUUUCUUAUUUCAUUUCUCUCAAACUGUUUUGUGGAAGUUUUUAUUCUAAUUGACAACAGAAAACUCUUGCAUUGUACAUAAAAUAAGAAAUAAUUAGACUAUGUGGAGAUUUUUUAUUAGUUCACUGGUUGGGCUUCUGGAAAUGUUAUCCUUUAAAAGCAUCUCUUUAUCUUUGAUUCUGAAAAAAAAUUCUUGAACAGCUGAGCUGAUGCUUGACUUACAACCACUAAGUUUUGAGAUUUUUGAUGUAAUAAUUUAAAAAUGAAAUAAUGCACUCUAAAUAUAGAAAGCUCAGUUUUGGCUCUCAGUUGUUUAUAUUUAUGCGUUCCAUCUACAUUAAUAUGGAUAUAACUUUAAUAUCAAGUGAUACAUUUUCAAUCUGAAGUAAUUCCUGGCCAGCUUUGGAUAUGUUGUUGAAAUGUUGUACCGGUAUACUAUUCUGAAAUUGCUUUGCUUUCUUUUUUUCCUCUCUUGAGGAUUUUACAAAAGAUUGUUUUAUUUCAAAAGAUGCCCCUUUAAAAAUUACACAGGAAUCAUGUGUUGUUCACUUACAGGCCUUCUUUAUGUGUUCUCCUUAUUGAUUUAAAGAAAUACAUUACCAGACAAAAGUUUGGACACCCUUACAGAAAAUGCAGAAUGAAUAAUUGUGAGAAUGUUGGUCCUCCAUGUUCUGUAAAUUGCUUAAACUAAAAUAAACACUGGACUUUUUCUACAGA